CCACACAGUUACGUAGUUUCCUUGUUGUCUGUGGAGAGUUGUAAAGUCUGAGCCAUAGAAUGUGAGGUUAAUGGAUAAGAAGAUACACCACAAGUUGCUAGAAAUCUAAGAAAAAUACCAGAAGAACGGGAUAUUUUAACUUUGAAAACAUAAACCUAAAUCUUUUUGUUUGGAGGAACGAAAGAGCUAGAAUCUCUCUAUUCUUCCCAGGCGGCAUCAAGAGGAUCCAUUAUGUCUGGGGAACUUGUGUCAUUUGCAAUAGAAAAGCUAUGGGACCUACUGAGCCAUGAAUACGAACAAUUUAAGGGAGUUGAAGAUCAAGUUAAUGAGCUAAAAACUGAUCUAAACACGUUAAAGUCAUUUUUGAAAGAUGCAAACGCAAAAAAGCAUACAGAUGAAGUGGUGAGAAGCUGUGUGGAAAGGAUCAAUGAGAUUGUUCUUGACGCUGAAGAUACAAUUGAACGCACUCGUCUAAAAGAUGUACUCGGAAAACGUGGUAUUGCGCGCUUUGUUCCGGAACGCAGGAAUAUUGCAUUAGAAAUUAGAAGCUUAAGUGAGGAGAUCAAGAAAGCAGUUCGUGAUAUGAAAGAUUUUAAGGUACACCAGAGAAUUGACGAUGUAAAGGAUCCACAACCUUCUCCACAAAGACAAGAAUAUCCAAAAAUUCACGAAGGCAAUCUUGUGGGGAUGGAAGCAAAUGUUAAGACAUUACUAGGAUAUUUGGUGGAGCAAGAUGAUAUUCAAGUUGUUUCCAUAACCGGGAUGGGUGGUCUUGGGAAAACCACCCUUGCUAGACAAGUUUUUCAUGACAACCUUGUUAAAAAGAAGUUUGAUAGACUCGCAUGGGUCUGUGUUUCCCAUGUUUGUGAUCAUAUCAAAGUGUGGCAAGCAAUCUUGCAGAAUUUCAGAUCCAAAGAACAGCAAAAGGAAAUCCAGAAGAUGACAAGAGCUGCCCUCCAAGGCGAACUCUUUGAACUAUUAGAAACAUCAAACUCGUUAAUCGUAUUAGAUGACAUAUGGAAUAAAAAAGAUUGGGACUUGAUCAAGCGAAUAUUUCCACACAAAGCAGGUUCGAAGGUGCUACUUACUUCUCGAAAUGAACGAGUCGCAGGACCUGGAGAAACAUAUAAAGACUUUAAACCAGAAUGCCUAUCUGAUCAAGACAGUUGGACACUUUUCAAAAGUAUAGCGAUGCCCAGAAAAGAUGCAUCUGAAAUGACUCCAGAUGAUAAGGAGAUGGAAAAGAUGGGAAAGAAAAUGAUGGAACAUUGUCGGGGAUUGCCUUUGGCUAUCAGAUUGUUAGGGGGAUUGCUGGCUGAGAAAUACACAAUUCACAACUGGGAACGGUUAUCUGAGAAUAUUAGAUCUCAUCUCGUUGGUGGAACCAGUGACGACAACAAUAAUUCGCUUAACCAUAUAUUGUCUCUAAGCUUUGAAGAGUUGCCUGUUUAUCUGAAGUUAUGCUUCCUCUACCUAGCCCAUUUUCCAGAAGAUUAUGAAAUAAAUGUUGAAGAUCUGUCUUAUUACUGGGCUGCAGAAGGAAUACUUAAGUAUGGAACUGGAGACAGCAAUCGAGAUAACAGCAUUGGAGUUGUUGGAGAUAAUUACAUAUGGGAGUUGGUGAGAAGAAAUAUGGUUAUAUCCGAAAUAGACAAAACCACUGGGAGAUUUGAGACAUGCCGUUUGCAUGACUUGAUGAGAGAAAUUUGUUUGUAUAAAGCCAAAGAAGAGAAUUUCCUACAUACUGUUGGUGUCAGCUCUCCGACUUCACACUAUCAGUCACGGAGGUUUGUCUCACAUGAUCCGACUACAUUGAAUGUUGAGAAAGAUAUUAGUAAUCCAAAGGUUCGAUCUCUAGUGGUUUUCUGGAAGUCGGAUUUGUAUUCAUUAUUGGCUGAAGAUAAUUUAUUUCGGGUUGUUCCAGAAGAUACGUCCAUUGAUACAUUUGAUAAAAAGGAUGGAGCACUUUGGAGCCUUUCGGAUUUAGGCUUAACAAGGUUGGAACUUUUGAGAGUACUACAUCUUCCUGGAGCCAAAUUUGAAGAAAGGAAGUUAUCUGAUAGCAUUGGAGAGCUCAUACACUUAAGAUAUCUGAACUUAGAAGGUGCGUGGGUAUCUCAUCUUCCCUCUUCUCUACAAAAUCUAAAGCUGCUGAUCUAUCUAAAUUUAAAUGUAACUGGGCGUUCUCAUUUACUCACGCACACCUACUUGUUGGGAAUGGAAGAAUUGAGAUACCUUGCAUUACCAAGGUGUAGGCGAAAGAAGAGAAAGUUGGAAUUAAAUCAUCUAAUAAACUUGGAGACCUUGGUUAAUUUCUCAACGGAGUACUGCGAUUUAGAGGAUCUUCGUGGUAUGGCCAGAUUGAGGACUCUUGGAAUCAAGAUAACUGAUGAGACCAGCUUAGAAAAUCUUUCUGCAUCGAUACAUGGAUUGAGACACCUGGAAAAUAUUGAUAUAGUAUACGAAGGGGCUAAGGGGACGAAAGAAGGACGAGUGCCUAUGGGGACCAACAAAUGGAGCACUCUAUUGGAAUUUGAUAAACUCAACAAGCUGAAGUUGAGUACAAAUAUUCCUUUGCUCUCUGGUGAACUACAGUUCCCUUCCCGCCUAACAAGCCUGUAUCUAUUCGGGAGUGGUUUGAAGGAGGACCCAAUGUGGAUUCUAGAGAAGCUGGUGCAUCUGAAAGAGGUUAAAUUAGGGAGUGGAUCUUUCAGUGGGAGGAGAAUGGUUUGCUCGAGGGGUGGGUUUCCUCAGUUGCAGAAGCUAUAUUUAGGGGAGCUAGAGAAGUUGAAAGAGUGGAUAGUAGAAGAAGGCUCCAUGCCCCUUCUUUAUACUCUCUCUAUAGAUAAUUGCAAAAAACUAAAGGAGUUUCCUGUUGGGCUGCCAUUCAUCACUUCCUUAAAGUAUUUGAGAGUUGAAAACAUGGGAGAGGAAUGGAAGAAAAGAUUGUCCGAAGGAGGAGAAGAUUACUACAAAGUCCAACACAUCCCUUCUGUUGAAAUCAUGCAUAUAAUAUUUUAACAGACAAACUACGCACCAGAUGAUCUGAUCUGAAGCAAAUCUCUUACCAACUUGGGUAUUGGCGAAUCAGCCGAAUAAUAAUCUCUAUGCAAUCUUGUGUAUUUUAUUGUAUAAUUAAUCAGACUUAUGUUUUUCUUUUACGGUAUUAUGACGAAGAAUAAAAAUACUUUGUGGUUUGUAGCAAAACUGGUUUCUUAUAUGUUCAAUUGUUUGAGUGAAGAUACUAGUUUUAUUUGACUC